UUAGCCGAUGAUCUCACGAACCGGAGCCUGGCCCUCCGAUUUUAGCCGAGUGUUUACGAACCCGAGCGCGAAGCUCCAUCAGAAAAGUUCUCGAAGUUUCCCGAACGCGCCACGAGUCUCCGGCGGUCACUCAGUCAGUCAGUCAGCCGGCAAACUGAACGCACAAGCGGUGGAGCGGCUCUGUCUCUCUCUGUCUCUCUCUCUGUCUGUCUCUCAGAGUUCAGGGUCUAUCCGGUUAUUUCUGUCUGUAUUCGCGGUCUGUGUGCGGUGAUGUCUGAGCUGUGUUAUAACAGAGGCUGCGGACAGAGGUUUGAUCCGGACAGCAAUCCUGAGGAUGCCUGCACGUUCCACCCCGGGGUGCCAGUGUUCCACGACGCUCUGAAGGGCUGGUCCUGCUGUAAGAGACGCACCACGGAUUUCUCAGACUUCCUCAGCAUCUCAGGCUGCACUAAAGGCCGCCACAGUAACGAGAGACCUCCUGAACCGGUGAAGCCGGAGGUGAAGUCUUCAGGAGAGAAGAAGGAGCUGGAGGACCUGAAGCCCCGGUUUGAUGAGUACAUCAUUCAGGCUCCGAAACCGCUGGAGUUCAUCCAGAGACCCAGUGCAGACGAGCCGUUGGUGGAGCUGCAGCAGAAGGUCUCUCCCUCCCUGAGACAGGCUCUCGAGAAACUCAGACUCGCAGAGACCAAUCAGAGCACAGAGAAAGAGGAGGGGGUGAACGAGGUGAAGAUCGGGACGGCGUGUAAGAACGGAGGCUGUUCUAAGACGUUCUCUGGGCCGAAGAGCGAUGAGGAGCUGUGUUCGUAUCAUCCAGGAGGCCCCGUCUUUCAUGAAGGGAUGAAGUACUGGAGCUGCUGUCGGAGGAAAACGUCCGACUUUAACUCUUUUCUGUCUCAGGAGGGAUGCAGUAAAGGAACCCAUGUGUGGAAGAACGCAGAGGGAAAGAAGGUGGUGCCGUGUCGGUUUGAUUGGCAUCAGACCGGCGGUCAGGUGACCGUCUCCAUCUACGCCAAAAACUCCAACCCUGAGCUGUGUUCUGUACGGGCCAACAGCACCACGGUCUGUAUCAGUGUGAUCUUCGAAGGAGAGAAGGAGUUUGAGCAGAAGAUCAUUCUGUGGGGGGUGAUCGACGUCAGUAAGAGCAUCGUCAACAUGAUGGCCUCCAAAAUCGAAAUCGCCCUGAAGAAGGCGGAGCCUAUGUCCUGGGCUCGGCUGGACCUGCCCCCUCCUCAGCCCCCGUCCACCAAUGAGACGAAAGAGAAGCAGGCCGGAGAGAAAGAGUCUGUAUGACACAAACUCAGAGAGCCGAGCGCCGUUACUCUCAGUGACCCAGCAGGUUCUCUGAUCUGAACUGACCACACGUCUCAAUCUCAGUCUCAUACAUCCUCACUCCGUCCUCCACCUUCACGUUCUCUCAGUCUGUCUGAGCUCCAGAUGCAGACCUGAACAGCCUGAACACAGCCGAUAAUCACCUCAGCGGCUUUAUCGGGUUUUGAACCCACAACCUCCUCAUAACAGCCUUACGCUGCAUUUAUGCUGCUCCAGCGUGCCGAACGGACGUGCGCUUCUUCCCUGUUCAGUUGGCUGAGAGAUUUCCCUAUGAAAUCUAUUUGAAAAGUACACUUGCUGAGUUGAUUUAUGUAAUUAAUGCUUCUGUUUCCUUAAUAAUCAGAAAGCCAAGAAAAUACGCAUCUUUAAGCUAAUAUUUUCCAAAACGUUAAUAUAUUAAAUUGGAAAGAUCAGGAUUUAGGUCAUUGAUUACCACUGGAUUAUCAUCCAACUGAGAUUUAAAAUUUAGGACGUAAACAGUUGUUUAAAUGCAGUAGAUGUCGCCGCUGGUCCUCGCCGCGCAGGAACAUUUGAAAAGUGGAACUGAUGUUUCACACCUUGAGCUGCAGACACGAAUCACGCAAACGCCAGCUGCCUCCUGAUUGGUUAGAUGCAUUACAUUGGCCGGAUUCAUUUACAUAAAGUUCAGCUUUGCUCAACUUUUCGACGCGCUGGACGCAUCAUGGACCGCGCAGCCUGUCUGAGGAAACCGCCGCUUCCCUUUGAAAUUGAAUGGGAUAUCCCAUUCAGUUUCAAAGGGCUCUGACUUUUUGGUUCUUUACUGUGUAAGAACUUUGUGUUGUGCUGUUCUCCACAGCUGUGCAGUGCUGUACAGAGCACACAGGGUUCCUGUCUUCAUUCCUGCCUUCGUUUGUUUUUUUUGUGUGUAUAACGACCUGCAUGUGUGAUGAUCUUGUGUCUGAGCGUCUCAGCACAACUGGAGCCUUACUGGGCCCCCCAGCCUGGUUAACCCGGCCACCCGCUGUGCUCUCAGUGCUCAGUGAAGGCUGGACUGUAAUCAGAGUUACUGUAGAACUGAAUAAACACUGCAAGAUACUGAA